CGCUUUGUGAUGAUUAGCUCAGGAACGCCAUUUAGAUUUCGAAGCGUUUGUCACAAAGCCCAUCGAAGCAGUCAGUAUCGGCUUGGCAAGUUAAGCAUGUUCUGUGGGUACGAGACUUGUAGCCAUAUAAAACCAAACAAGCUCUGCUAUGAGCAAUCAUCACUUUCCUGGCUAUUCAAAUAGUAAUUCCCACUAUGGCUUCAAAAUUCUACGUCCCAGUUGACAUCAAGCAUACUGCCUUGCUCCUGACAGAUGUCCAAGACCAGAUCCUGCAACGGUUCGAUGCGUCGCAGCAAACCGAGUACCUAGCCAACAUCCAGCGUCUCCUGACAGUCUUUCGCAAAGAAAUUCAGAAGCAGGAGCACGAUGCAGCAGGCCCCUUGAUCGUCCACCAUAUCCUACCUUUCGACAUCAAUUCCAACUCCUUCGUUUCACCAUACAACAAGCUCGCUUCCUGGGUCGCGAGCCUCAAGAAAGCUGGUCACUUCGGCGAUGCCUUCAAAGAUCCAAAUAAACCACACUAUGCGGUCCCAGAGUCGCUGGUCCCCGAAUCCGGGUGGGGAACUGGGAGCGAGAUCAUCCUGUCGAAGAUCCAAGCUGGUUGUUUCUCGUCUUCUGAGCUGCUGCAGUAUUUGAGGGCCAGGGACAUCAAACGUGUGGUCUUGUGCGGUUUGACGACUGUGGGUAGCGUACUGGGGUCUGCUCGUUUAGGGGCAGAUUUGGACUUUCAUAUUGUGAUACCGCGAGAUGGUGUGAUGGAUGAUGACAAAGAGGUUAGCGACUUCUUGUUAGAUAGGGUGCUGCCGAAGUUUGUCGAUGUUGUGGAGAUUAGUGAUAUCGAAGAACUGUUCAAGUGAGGAUGUAGAUUCGAAGUAUAGGAAAUGCUCCAGGAGAAUACCGCGCGGGCACAAUGAAUCUUUUAAUAUAUCACGCCUUCACAACCUUGCAAUUCGAAUGUUUUGAUAUCAUGCAUGCAUUAUCCUCUAUUCAGAGUAUUUCCAGCUCCCCUAUCAACAUUAGUGGCUGCUCUUCU